CUCAACCCUGACGUCCCCUCACUCAAGAUGGCGCCCAGUGCUGCGGCGUUCCUUGUGCCGACUACCAUCCAUGAGCGUUUCGGUGCUGGGCUUAUUGGAGCCCUUGUCAACGCUAUGAUGUAUGGGUUGACGACGCUGCAGACCUACAUUUUCUAUCUGUAUUAUCCCAAAGACAGUCGCGGAAACAAACUCUUGGUUGCCGUAGUCUGGGUGAUCGACAGUGUCCACACAGCUUUGGUCUCCUGGUGCAUAUACUAUUAUCUGGUCACGAAUUACGACAAUCCAGAAGGACUGAAAACAGGGCACUGGACGCUCUUUACAUCCGUGCUGUGCAAUGUCAUCGUGGCGUGUAUCGUGCAAAGCUAUUUCACAUACCGCAUCUUCCAACUUGCAAGUCAACGUGCUCGAUGGUGGUUAGGCGGCAUCAUCGGACUUACAGUCUUUGCGCACUUUGCGUUUGGCGUUGAGACCGUCGUGUUUUGCUUCAUCAAGAAAGACUUUGCGCGCCUCCACGAAUUCGCGCUAAUAGCAGCAACGCCGUUUGCAAUCACUGCUGUUUUGUCGGAUAUCCUUAUCGCUGGAUCUCUCUGCGUGCUUCUACAUGGAAGUAGGACAGGGUUUAGAAACACGAACCGGCUAGUUACUAUGCUCAUCAUCUAUGCUAUCAACCGAUGCAUACUCACCUCGGUCGUUGCCGUCGUGGAAGUGAUAAUUUUCUCACUGCGACCCAAUGCCUAUUGGUACCUGGCAAUCGACUUCGUCAUUGGAAAACUCUACGCCAACAGUUUGCUAGCGACGUUGAACAGCAGAAUGGCACUCGCGAAAGCAACAGAGAUCAACACAACAAGCAAUGCACGGUUCACGAGUGAAAUCGAAUUCGAAGAUCGACAGAAACGCGAUUCGAGAGGCCAUGUAUUGAGCCUGAACCCGGAGAGCACGACAAGCGGGGGUGAUUCCAUUUCCGAGGAGGAGAGAUCGUUUGUCCUGAGUUCAAAACAAGCUUAA